AUGUCAAGUUCUGGCACACCCGCCUUUGACGAUCCUGCUGCGUUGGUUGCCCUGCUCCGGCAAUGGUCUGCUCCUGAUGAGCUGCUGGAGGUCCUCACUGUAAAGGGCUUCAAGACCAUCGCGACCAUUGCCUAUGCUAUCCCACCGGACGGUUCCCCUGACGACUGGAUUCGCGUCUUAUGGCCUCCGGCAGACCCCAACGACACCUUGGCCAGGAUCACACCAGCAGCCAGUUUUGCACGACGCCUUCUGGUGCAGGCGCGCGACCUUGUUCAUCCGGCACCUGCCCCGUCGACCCCUGCCUCUGCUGGGAGCGCUCCGCCUUCCCUGCCCGGCCCGAAAAUCACGGCCGAGGCGGCGGAGACGUCCGAGCAUGACGUUCAGACGUUCUAUGAACAUCGCCGACCCAGGUCGGACAACCAGCUCCUCCGCUCCUUGUUGGAUGACGUUCCGGACCCGGUUGUGGCUCACGCGUCCGUGCCUACUUCAGGUCCUGUCGAGCCUCUGCUUCGCCGCCACUUCGGGAUCCUGGUCACGGCCUUGGCUUUUCUGGGUGACCUGCACCUCCGUAUCGGCAAGACUUUUGCUGAGUCUUUCAUUGCAUCCGCUACGGCUGUCCCCCUGGAUCCUUCCCUCCGGGCACCGUCUCUGCAAGAAGUACUUGCAGCGGACCGGUCCAUUUGGGCUGCUGUUGGCACACUGAUGCGAGAUGAGAAAUGGUCGCUGUCUGACUCCAUUCAUGAGGUUUCCGUCACCCGACACAUGAUUCCGACUUUGUUGUGUGCCCGGCCUCGGUCCAUGCCUGCCCCUCCGGUCCGGGAACCCACCCGCACUGUGGGCACGGCCGACACGUCGCAACCAUCUAAGCCAGAUAGGCCCACGAAACGUCUCAAAACCGACGGCAAACCGGAAAAACCGACCGGCAAAGCCAAAGCCGAUGCCAAAAAGCCGGCCGGCAAGAAACCCGUCAAGGAUCUGUGGGAAGAGUCGUGGCAUGAGGUGGACGAGAAUGGCAAGGAGAUUUGCAAACGCUUUGUGCUAGGCCGUUGCAAGUUGGAUUCCUGCUCAUCCCCUGAUGCCCUGGCCGAUGAAGCCGUGCGUAUUUUCUCCUCUGAUGAGGAGAUCUCAAAUCACGCCCCGGCUGAGUCCGUGGCUCAGGCGGAGACAGCUCCAUCCUUGGAUCGGGCCCCCCCUUCCACUUCCCCGGCCGAUCCUCCUGCCCGCCCGGCACUGUUCCUGGACUUGUUUUCAGGUUGCUCGGCCCCGCUCUCUAAAGCAGUUUCCAAUCUUGGCCUUGACCGCAUUGCCCCUAUCGACGUGCUUCAUGGGGAAGAGGUGGACUUGCUUCUGCCCCAGCAUCAGUCGUCCAUGCGGAAACUGUGCUCGUCUGGCCUCGUGCGUGUGGCUGUUGCCGCCCCACCCUGCUCCAGCUUUAGCCGCGCUCGCCUUAAACGCGGUGGCCCGCCCGCAGUCCGGACACCAGCACACCCGCACGGCAUCCCUGCUCCUUCCCAGCGCCAGCAGGCUGAACUGCAACGCUCUGACAAGCUGCACGAGCUCUGUCGGGAGCUCCUCACUCUCGUGCUUCUCUCGGGUGGUCUGGUGUUGCUUGAGAACCCAUCUAGCAGCUUGUUGUGGCUCACCGACCCAUGCAAAGCCUGGAUUCGCCACCACUGCCUGUCCGCCGUGGAAAUUGCCGCUUGCACUUUUGGCGUGAAUGCCAAAAAGAGCUGGACCUUUGUCUCCAAUUUGGCGGACCUUUCCUCUCUGGCCUCUGCCUGUUGCCACCCGCCGGGCACUCACCCGCCCUUGGCAGGCAAGCGUGAUUCGUCCGGUGCCUUCCUUACACGGACCACUGCAUGCUACCCGGACGGUCUCUGCGAGCGCUUUGCGGCACUGAUGGCACCAUAUCUCUCCCGGUCAGUGGGUCUAGUCCCGUUCCUCUCCUGGGAAACGGAUGCCCCCAUUUCUGAAUCCGAACUGGAACCUUUCUUGGGUGACUUGCGCUCCUUUCUGGGCUUGGCGGUUACUGACUUUGAUACACUUCUUUCGGUCCCUCCGGGCCAACCGUUGCGCCUGUUCCUUCUGGAUGCGCUGCUCCAGCUCUCGCGCGACCCGGAUCGACCCUUCGUGGACUUGCUGCUUGAAGGAGUACCUCUGGGUGUUGACGAACCUAUGCCUGCCUGCCCAACGCUGUUUCCUGCUUCUGCCACCAAGGACCCAUCCAUGGACUUACAGCAUUGUUCCUCCUCCUGGGGAUCAGCUCUCUCCGACCUGUCCACUGUUGAUUCCCUUCUUCAAACCGAAGUUUCCGAAGGUUGGGUGCGGGAGGUUCCGGGCGGUCUUGACAGCCUCGUCGCUACCUAUGCUCGCACCGCCGUGGGGAAGCUUGGACUUAAGGCCCCCGACCGUGACCCCCGCCUGGUGGUGGAUUCCAGCCUCUUCGCACUGAUCUUGGACGUCAGCAAAGCUCACCGGCGCAUACUGAUCCGGGCCGCCGAUCAAGGCCUUCUUUGCUUCUUCCAUCGCGGCCGCCUGUUCCAGUGUCUCACAUUGAAUUUCGGUGCACGCGCGUCCGGCUUUUACUGGGCACGAUUGGCGGGGAUUCUCUCACGCCUCAUGCAUCGGCUUCUGUUCAUCCGCCACGCCCUGCUCAUCUAUGUCGACGACCUGAUCUCCCUCCUUUCCGGUCCGUCCGCGCCGGUCUGGGCCGCUGUGCUGUGUGUUUUCCUUCUUGUGCUUCGCGUCCCAAUGAGUUGGCACAAAGCCUAUUUAGGCGCACGGCCGACUUGGAUUGGUUGGUCUAUGUCCCUGGAAACCUUUACCGCCACGCUUGAACCACCGAAGCUGGCCCGUCUCCGCCUUCUGAUUUCUUCUGCCCGUUCCGGGGAUGCGAUUCCACUACACCUGCUUCGCAAACUCACCGGCAAACUCCUUUGGGUUUGUUCCCUGUUUCGUCCCUUCCGGCACCGCUUUAUCGGGACCAGAGCCUACCUCCACUUGUUCAUGUUGCUGUGGCCCCCUCUACGUGGGAAUCCUUCCGGCUGCACCCUGGUCAGUGUGGCUUCCCGCCCUGUUCAUACACUGAAGGAUGUUCCUCUCCACUUUGCCGGUGAACGCCGACUCUGGAUUUCCGUCCGCUCCCCUCCUGACUCUGACCGGAAGCUUUCGCAGGAAUCUAAAGCCGUCUUGGACCUUUGGCACUCCUGCUUGUGUCAGACCAUCCCGCUCUUCCCGCUGUCUCUGUCGCCGCUGUUAACUUGCGAGGCGUUUGCUGACGCCUGUGCCGACAGCAAACACGCGGGCUUGGGCGGCUUCGUGGCUUUUCCCUCCGGCCGUACGGUCUGGUUCCGAUCCGCCUUAUCCCCUGCGGAUCUUGCUCGACUUUGUGCUUGGUAUUCCCCUGACACUUCACCUCAGAAAUUCAUCGCUGCCUGGGAACUCCUUGGCCAAAUCGCGCUUCUCUGGUGCGUUGCUCUCGUUGUCCCGGCCGCUCACCACCCAGUGCAUUUCGUCAGCCGCUGUGACAACAGCCCUUCCGAGUCGGCUUCAUGGAAAGGCCUCUCUACGGCCCGCGGUAUGUGUGACCUACUGCACUCCUACCUGUUGUGGCAGCGUCAUUUCUGCAUUUCCGCACAUAUCGAUCAUGUUCCGGGGUUCCGUAACAAGAUUGCUGAUGCCCUCAGCCGGUCCCGCGACCCGGGCACAUUGGGACUCAAUCCUGCCGAUGAGAUCCUGGUCCCUUGGCACCUGUUGUGUGGUCCUCCGCGCCCGUCUUACUCUCCUGCGGCCGCUUUCAACCGUGACCUCUUCCCGGCAUUGGACUUCUGA